AUGUUCUUUGUUUCUUAUUUCAUAAAGCAAUUAAAAAGGCAUGAAAACGCGCAAAAAAUGAUUUUAUACUGAGUAAAACUGAUUUCAUGAGUUAUUAAAAUGAAGUUAUGCUGAUUUAUUUUUAUUUCAUGCUUGACAGCUAUUGCCAGCGGAUCAAAAGAUGACGAAUCUUGCAAUGAAGAAUGUAAAUGUGAUGCUCAGCUUGGAAAUAAUAAAUGCGACCCAGAAUGUGACACUUGCGGAUGCGAUUAUGACCAUGGUGACUGUCGUCAUUUUUCUUCUCAUGAUGCAAUGAUCAUUGGAUUUACAAUAGGCGGAGUAAUAUUUUUAGUGUAAUUUUCAUUUAGAGUGUGCUGCAUUCUCAUUAUCAAAUUUUAUAUAUAUAAUUGAAUUAAUUUAUCGUUUUUUGCACAAUAA